AUGUCCUCGUCCGAGUUGACCUCGUGUCAAAUGGGCGGGGGCGGCGGCCCCCUCGGCCUGGGCGCUGGGGACGCCGAGCUGGGACUGGACCCCGAACUCCACCCGUCGGAGACCCCAAGGACCCCCGCGUGGAGGACCCCCCUUGGCCGCCGCACUGUGAUGGGGACCGUGGUACCUGCCAUCUGCCGCUCUGCCUCCUUCAGGCAGGACUGGCACUGCGUCUGGCAGAGGGUCUCUUACUCCAUACUCUGUGUGUCUGGUGGCCAGCAGCUUCCUCUCCGCUCCCGGCACCACAGCCCGAACCAUAUCCUCCGGCGAAGGGAAUCUCCUAAGGUAGGCGGUCACGGACAGUACAGCCGCCAGCUCGGAGAGGACGAAGGCGGCUCCUGCGCUGAAGAAGGACCAACCGUAGCGAAGGGCCGUCCGCUGAAUCGUAUGCCAAGAAGAGCAGCUGCCGGUUUGAGAGGAAUUGGAAUCACGUAG